UGCCGUAUGAUACGAGUAUAAAGGUGUCGACAUUAACCGGCAGACGUUGAGUCGCCAUAUAAACUUGUUACCGAAAACAACUUAUACAAAGCUAUACAAAAAUUAAGCUGCCACAGCAACAACAAAAAGUGAAAUCUUUUCAAAAAUAGAUACAAAUUGAUGAAAAUAAGAGCACAUUUUUUAAAAGUAAAAUAUUGCCUAUGUUCAAAAAGACUGAAUUUGUGAAUUAUAUUAAUUCCAAAAAAAAAACGCUUACUUAAAUACUAGAAAAGGGUUUUCCACAAUUUCCAAGUACAGUUUUAAGUCACAUUUUUACAUUUUGCGCAUGAAAGCCAACUUCCAGCUCAGCAAAAUCGAUAGAAAUACUCAAAGUGAACAUUUUUAUACUCAAAAAAGCUUAACUUCGCUCACCAAUACACACAAAAAGUGCCGCAAAAGCUCGGGCAAUCGUGCGAUUUUUAUAACUCGCUCGAAAGUCCAACUCGCUAUUGAAAUCAUGUGUUUUAGUGAAAAAGAUUGCGUGCCCAGACAGCCGAGUGGCUGAAAAGAGAUACAAUUUGUAUUGAACAUUGAAUUGAAAUUCAGUUAUUGCUGAACUUUUGUAAAACCAACAACACGCCAAAAAAGAACUGCUGAUAAAAUAGAUAACAGCCAGUAAAAAUUUUAACAAAAAAAGCUAGAAAUUAAAAUUACACUAAUAGAGAAGCUAAUAAAAAAGACUGUGUGCCUUUUGUACGAAAAAAAUAUAGAAUCUAAAAACAAAAGCAAAUAAGCACAAAAAAUUUUAAAGAGAUUAAGCAAAAAUUCAAGCAUAACUUUGCAGCAAAAAUCAUUGCUAAAAGAAGAGACUUUUUUCCGUCGAAAAAUCAGCAGCCAACGUGUCGUUUCUUACGCUUUAGUAAGAAAAAAAUUGUAAAAGCUGUGAUAUUGUUAUAUAAUUUCAAAACUGACACUAUCGCUCGCUCAUUAAAAAGCGUAACAUAGCGACUCAACACACAAACACACAUAUCACACACGCCCAAAUAAAGGCAAUCAAAAAAUAAAAAUUAAAGUGUUAAGCGUUAAAGUGCGCUGUUGAGAUAGAAAAAAACACAAAUAACUAUAAACUUUGGUGAGAGAAAUUAAAACCAGCAACACGCGCGACACCGAGAAAAAAAUGAUGGGCACAAUGUCGAUGCGUCAACCUGAAAAUUGGCUAUACGAAAUUUGGCAGAAGGGACAAGACAGUCCAUGCUAUGUGAUGGUACCCAAUGCAAAAGAUCUGGUCAAAUCCCAUCUUAUGAUAGCUGUUCGCGAAGAAGUUGAAGUACUCAAGGAGAAAAUUUCCGAGCUGAUGGAUAAGAUCAAUCAACUUGAGGUUGAGAAUACCAUACUGAAGGCGAAUAUGUCGCAGGAGACAUUGCAACAAUUGCAAAUGCAAACGCAGCUACAAAUCGCUGGUAGCAACUCAAACAGCCAGAGUAAUGGCAGCAAUGCAGGAACACCAGCGAUUACAGCAGGCACGGCGAAUGGUGGCACAGCGCCAGCCAAUAAUAUGAUUGCUGCAGCACCUCAGCAACAACAGCAGCAGCAGCAGCAGCAGCAACAACAGCAAGCUGGCACACCAACAUCAGCUGCUGCGGCUAACGAGAGCAACGAUGCCAGUCCAGCGGCAGAGACAACAACAACAGCCGGCACAGCAGCAUCAGGAGCAGCAGCGGCCAGCAAUGGUGAUGAAAAUAUAGCGGCCACCACAAAUGGCCCAUUGCCAUCCUCCUAAGCGCCAUAAGUUGAAGCGUUUGUUGAAUCAGCUUAGUUGAAGCGAGGAGUAGAGUUAAAAUAAACAGAAGAAGAAGAAGAAGAAGCGAGAAAAAAUUAAAUCAGAAAACUCUCAGAGCAACAGUUUUUGAAGAUUUGGAGGCGUUACAUAAGUGGGAUUGUGUAAUGUUGGUGAAUGUUUUUGUAAUAACAAUGUGUAACUAAAUAUAUAGUUGCUGUGUCUGUGUGUGUGUGUGUCGUAUAGACUGAAGAACUGUAUGCGCGGGUAUACAAAAAAUUUAAUGAGAAUCUUUUAUUGUUUUGUAUUGCUCUGGCUUAAGAAUUGAUUUAAAAAAAAAAAAAUUAAGUAAAAGAUUUUCAUUGCCAACCAAAGUAGUAAGAGAACAAAAAGUUAAAAGUAUUGGCUGGGAAAAUGUUUGCUGUUUUUGAGAAAUAGCGCUAAGCGUUGCUACGGAGUAAAUGUAUAACAAAGUUGUUAAAGUUGUACUACAUAUUUUAAAUACAUACAUACAUACAUAUAUUUAUUUUUUUACAUACACAUGCAAGUUACAAGCAGCUUUCGAUUUUAAGGGAAUGCAGAAUUUCUCAAAACAGCAAACAUUAGUAGCCAAGAAAUGGCAAAGCAAUACAAAAAAGCAAACGAUUUUUGUUUUAAAAAUGUAAACAAAAGAAGUACUAGUACGUUUGUACGUUAAGUUAAAAGCGGAAAAGAAAACGCGGCGACAUGUAACAACACAUCACAGCAUAAUUAAAGGCCAACACACACGCACAAACACACAUACAAACAUUCAACAACCAAAGAAAUUAAGCAAGAACACACCGCCGCUGGCUAAGCAGCUUCCUUAAAAAAAUCUCUGGCCAUAUUGCGCUCAACGCAUCAUAUGUUGCUGGCAACAUGCUGCAUUUCUAUAGCGCAACAUCAAACGCGGCGUAGGCAACUGCUUGAAGCGCGUGCGGCUGCGUGUUUUCUUGCUGCAAAGCCGCAAUACAUUGUGGGCGCAUUCACACACACACGCACACACACACACACACUGUCAAACACUCAAAAACUUGAAAACUGUGAGCAACAAUCGCAGUGUUGCGGCAAAAUGUUAGCAAUCAGUUUGAAAAAAGAGAAACAAUUUGCAGACUCAUACGCUGUGCAACAUGUUGACGCCACACUUAUCUGUUGCAUAGGCAGACAGACUGCAAAGCCGAAAGUUAAUGUAUAAAAUCAUAUAAAAUGUGAUAUAACUCAAUUUUUUAUUAUUUCAAACACCACAACAAAUGGUAUUAAAAGAAAUUGAGGCAACAAGAGGAAGAGAAAGGAGAAAUGAGAGCAGUUGGUAAAGAAAAUUUUAACUUGCCUCUCGCAAGAGGAAAAUUGGUAAAAGUAGCGUCAAAUAUUAACAGCAAGUUAAGGGAAUUAGAAAACUUUUACCUUAAACUGCUGCGCUACAUUGUUGUCUACUCGUUCGUCGCUGUGUUUGCAAAUAAGAAACAAAAAUAUGAAAUUAUUUGCAACAUUUUUCAGUGCUUUGUCAUUAUGUAAAAUAUUGUAGUUUUGUUUUUGUGUUUGUAAAAUUAACUUUUAAUUUUUGCACCAACUCUAGAAAAGCGCAAAAGUUGGUAUUUUUUAAAAAAUGACAGUAACAAGCUAAAUGCAGAAUUAUUAGAAAAAUAAUGAUUAAAGGAUUGAACUGAUUAAAUGUUUUUAUUAUAAUUAUUAUUUUUUUUUUUUUUUGAAUUUGAGUGUAAUUUUAAGUUUUCAGUUUUAUAAUUUGUUAAUUAAUGAUCAUAAACACGAAAAAGCAUCAUAUUUGUAUUGUAUCAUUAACCACAACAACAAAGCUAUUGCAUGUACUAUACUAUGUACGUAUGUAAUUGAGAAGCUGUAACAAGCAAAUAAACAAACAAUAGCAACUGUAUGUAACAGUGAUUUGGAAAACAGCAAAAUAACAAAAAAGAUAUAAAAAUAUAACAGAGCGCGAACGAAAUUACACAGCAAAAAAAAUUUACUGCAAAAUAAAAUCUUGCAAAAAGAAAAAAGUGUGUACGGAAAACAUACUUGCAAGCGAGCGAGUAACAAUAGCGUGCAGAAAAACUAUGAAAUUGUAAAAAAAAAUUGCUUUUUAAAGCAGCAAUAAGACCAGAAAAAAUGUAAUGAGAAAUUAAAUUUAUAAAUUCCAUAUUUUUGCAUAGAAAAGCUGGACAGAAAGAAUUAAAUCAGAAAAAAAAAUUCUUAAAAAAACGGGACAGAAAAAAAAUUUAUUAAAAAUAAUAAUUACGAAUUCCAUAAAUUUGCAUAAAAAAGUUGUACAAGCAAAUCGGGCAUCUGAAAAAGGCAAGAAAAACCAAGAAAAUGCAAGCAAUUGGCGCCAAACGGUGUGAACAGAAAAAGCAAAAAAAAACACAUAAAAAAUUAAUUUUCGCUGAAAUUGAUCAAGAUCAAGCAAUGCAUUAGCGCUUAAUAACUCAGGGUCUACAGCUGAAUACAGCCACGUCAGUUUUUUGUGAUAUCUGCGUAAAGGCAGUCACUGAAUUCGUAUUGCUACGAACUUGUAAUUCAAAACCAAAGCUACGCUCGCAGCUAUUCGUAUGCAGUGAUAGCUUUUUGAUAGAUUUCACGAAAAAUCGGACUACGCCAGCGCUUAAAAAGUAGGCAUUUACGCACACAAGAUAAUUUUUUUUAGAAAUAUUUCUAUUUGGUAUCUUAAAAAUUUAGUGAACUGUAAAUUUGGUCGAUUGCUUAGACUAGGGAUACAUGCUUUUAUUUCUUUUAAAGUUUUUUUUUUUUAUUGAAUCUUGUAGUCAAAAAAACAGCUGCUAAAUUUUUGAAAACUUUUUGAAAAAAUUUGUAUACAUUUCCUAAGUUAGCGCCAAAGUAGUUUUUGACUAAAAACAUUU